GAUUUAUUUACCUUCUCCUUUUGAUAAACUGUCAGGUAUGCAAUCUAAAGGAUAAAAACGCAAUCUGUAAUCCUAUUGGUCGGCCAGUUAUCCGCCGACGAAUAAAAUUAUAGAACGGUAUAUUUAUCUUGCAGACAGUUAGGUACCAGCCAGUUUAUCUGAAGAUGAAUAAACCUUAAUCGAAUAAGCGAACAUAAGUGGCAACACUGUUACGGUUCUGGGGUGGAUCCAACAAGUUUGUCGCCAUUUCUACGGUCGGGGUAAACACUGUCGAGUAAAUUAGGUUUCGGGAAAAAUACAGAGUGUAAAGCGUGGAUGGAGGUUGACUUUUAUCAAAGUUCCUUUGGACUUUGGUGACGUUGUAUGUCGGGAUUUCUACGACAACUUUCUGGAGUUCGACUUUGUGUCGCGAUUACCACUUUCGAAGAAGAUACCUGUCAGGAAAAUAACACACUUCCGUAAUUUUUGCGUUGCUUCUGCUGCAACUCUCAACACACUGAAUUGUUUGAUAAAAUUUAUUAUAUAUUGAUCCGAGCAAUCAUUUUGUUUGCAUUGCUAUUUUUCUGAAGAUAACCAUGAAGGUCUUAAUACUGAUUUCGGUGUGUUUGAUCGUGGAAGCGUUUGGAGCUUCCCUACCGAAGGCUGAAAUCAACAACCGAACAUUUCCAGAAUCAUUCAGGUGGGGAGCUGCCACUGCUGCUUACCAGAUAGAAGGUGGAUGGAAUGAAGACGGCAAAGGAGAGAGUAUGUGGGAUCAUUUCACUCAUGCAAAUCCUAACGUAACAGAUGACAAAUUGAACGGUGACGUAGCCUGUGACUCUUACCACAAAUGGAGGGAAGACAUUCAGUUGAUUAAGGAAUUAGGAGUCUCUUUAUACAGAUUUUCCGUUUCUUGGACUAGAAUCCUUCCUACUGGUUACUUGGACAGCUACAAUCAGGCUGGAGUUGACUAUUAUGUCAACUUUGUAAAGGGAUUGCUGGAUGAGGGUAUCACUCCCAUGGUUACCUUGUACCAUUGGGACUUGCCCCAAGUACUCAAUGAACAAGGUGGCUGGUUGAACGACAGUACGGCCGACCGUUUUGGUGAAUAUUCCAGGAUAGUUUUCGAAAAUUUGGGGCCUUUUGUCAAAUUAUGGUCCACUGUCAAUGAACCCAAAACUACAUGUAUGCUUGGAUACGGAAGUGGGGAAAAUGCUCCAGGCAUAAAACAAAUCGGCACCGCUAUCUACCAAUGCGCCAGAGUUCAACUUCUAGCCCAUGCCACAGCUUACCAUAUCUAUCACAAUGAAUUUGCUGCUGAACAAGGAGGUCAAAUCAGUCUAGUUAUAGAUGCUACUUUCAAUGAACCAGACACUGACAGUGAAGCUGAUGCUGAAGCAGCUGAAAGGGAAACACAAUUCAAUCUUGGUUGGUAUGCAAACCCAGUCUACGUCGGUGACUGGCCCCAAAUUAUGAUUGACAGAAUUGGCAACAGAAGCACUCAGGAAGGUUUUUCUGAGUCAAGAUUGCCUGCCUGGUCUGCAGAAGAAAUUGAAUUUGUUAAAGGAACUCAUGAUUACUUUGGACUCAAUAUGUACACAGCUCUACGCGUAUCAGCUGUUGGUGAGGCAGAAAUUGGCGAACCUAACUACUAUAACGAUAAAGGCACAGCUGUAGCAUUUGGAUCAGAUUGGACUCCUUCAGUUGCUUCAUGGUUGGCGUCUUAUCCUUAUGGAAUGAGAGGUCUUUUGAACUAUGUCUGGAACCAUUACAAGCCAGGAGAAAUUUACGUCACCGAAAAUGGUUGGGCUACUGAUGGUGAAAUUAACGACCAAUCCAGAAUUGACUAUUUACAGGGAUACUUGAGUAACAUGUUGGACGCUAUAUUAGAUGACGGAGUCAACGUAGCAGGUUACACUACUUGGAGUCUCAUGGACAACUUUGAAUGGGCUCGGGGAUACACACAAAAAUACGGCAUCAUCAGCGUUGAUUUCAACAGUCGAAAUCGCACGAGGACUUUUAAGGAAUCUGCCAAAUGGUACCAACAUACAGUUCGCACAUACUGUCUUGUAGACGAAUGUGUAGAAUGAUUUUUUAUUUAUUUUUUUUGAUAAUGAAUAAAUGUAUAAAAUGAGAGGAAGU